UUUUCUUAGGGGUGUUUGUUGUUUUCGUUUGAAAGUUCUUCAUUCCGGCAUGGAUUUAAUAUCUUCGCUAAAUCCAGGAUUGCAUUUGGGGGUUAAAUCAGAGGAAGAAAUCUUCGAGGAACCUCUAGAAAGCCAUCAUGUUGAUAGUAGUUUCUCAGGUUUUGCGAGGAUUGAGCAGAAGGUUAAAUGUGGCCGCGUACUGAUAUCCACUGCUGGGCAAUAUACAAUGUCGUGCAAUGUUUGCAGUAGCCGUUUCGAUGCAAUGGAAUCAUUCACUAAUCAUUUGAAAGCUACCCAUUCGGACUAUGGCAUACGGAAUGAUGGUUGGGGUAAAAUUGUCAUCAAAACUGAAUCAGUUUCCAAGGACGAGGAAUUCCAGACUUCAGCUGAAGCCAUUAAUGGCGAAGGAGGACCCCUUUGCAUCACAUGCGAUCCUAAAUUAAACUCAAGAACGACCUUCUCGCGGCUUAAGUGUCAUCACAGGAAGCGAUUAUCAAAGCAGGGGAUGACUCAUUUGAAUCAUGACUUCCAGGAAGAAGUUUCGACCGAACCUAGAAUAAAGGAUGAACACGGUAUCGAGGUGUGCGGAAACGAAGAUUCAGAAUAUGAUGCAGGCAUUGUUACGGGUUUGGAGGUUGGGAAUGAAAAGAAAUUAUGUUCCAAUAAUGGUACCAAUGUGGCAAACGAAGCGGCAGAGGCGUCUAUUAGUCAACUAAAACUCGCUUCCUUGGAUGAGAAAAUAUCAUUUUGCAGAGACAGCAAUGGACAUUAUGAAGGGGAGGAGGACCUGAUCCUGAAAUCGACUUGUGAUAUCCCAAUAGUUUUUUCAUUGGCACCCGAAUACGAUGAGAAAAAAAACUGUUGUAUCACCUGCAACUGUGAGUUCGAAUCAAAGCAAACUUUCAGAUCUCAUAAGCAGAUUCAUAGAUCGAAAAUACGAAAGUGGAGGAUCAUCAACAGAGUGGAAGUAAAACCAGAGCGAGUGACAAUUGUGUUUUCUGAAAAUCCCAUUUUUGACAACAGGGAGUACUUCUGUUUCACCUGUAAUCAUAAAUUCCCCUCUAGGGGUAGUUUUAAGUAUCAUAAAUAUUUGCAUAAAGUAAAGAUCUAUGAAAAGCAAGGCAUUAGAUUAGGGGCAUCAAGAAUGUCUUGCGAAUUCUGCACCGAACGCUAUAGAUCAAAUACUGCAUUGAAGCAGCAUAUUGUGCUACGUCACGGAGACGCGAUUCCAACAUAUUUCAAAGAUGACCCAACAUACCUUCAAUGUCGAUUUUGUCAUAAACAAUUUGAAAGACCAACAGAACGUUACCGGCACGAGGAAGGUCAUUCUAAGGAAGAAGCGCCGUAUAGAUGUUCACUAUGCCCGAAAAUGUUCACCAUGAGCUGGAAACGCGAGGCUCACCAAUCUGUUCAUAGAGAGGAUCAUCAAUUUCGCUGUUUACAAUGCCCGAAAAUUUAUAAAUCUAAGGUGAAUCUUAACCGUCACAUUCGAAAAACCCAUUCUGGCAUAAAACCAUUUGUGUGCGAAACUUUGGGAGAGUCGUUUGAUUCGAAAUCCAUCCUGGCGUCUAAUGAAUUGCAGUUUCAAGAACUAGGGACAAGUUGCGAGAAAAUUCAAACGGAAACCAAUGCUUCUGUCGGCGUUGAUAUCAAAUUUUCAACCCAUAAAAAAACGACCCCAACAUCUGUUGAAUUAAAGGGUCCAACCAUAAUUGAGAAACUACCCUUGUGUGAAGAAAGCAGUUCACAAAAGGAAGCAGAAAAGAUCCAAGAGGGAGACUUUAGGUAUAGUUCUUCAUUUGUGUUUACCUUAAAGCCUGAAUACGACAACAAACGAAACUUCUGUAUUAGUUGCGAUCUUCAACUGGAUUCAAAGCAAAGUUUCAAAUCCCAUAAAAGUGGUCAUAUGUAUCAAGUUCGCAGGUGGAAGCUUGCCAACGACUUAGAUGUGAGUCAAUUUAGAAUAGUCCUUUCUGAGAAUCCUAAAUACGAUGAGGAGAAACGGUUUUGUAUAACAUGUAAUCGCGGGUUUACCUCUAUAGGAAGCCUUAAAUUUCACCAACGAAAACAUAAAAAGAGAAUUCUCGAGAAACAAGGCAUUCUGCCAAUCAUUUGUGAAUUUUGUUCAAGGAAAUUUGAAUCUGAAGAGAGCUUUAGACGACAUAUUGUACCGCAUCACGGAGAUAAGAUUCCAACGCAUCUUAAAGAUGAUAUAACGUAUCUUAAGUGUCGGUUUUGUUUUAAGGACUUUGAAAAACCAACAGAACGCUAUCGACAUGAGCAAAGUCACGCUAACGAAAAAACCCCAUAUCGAUGCCAAUUUUGUCCGAAGUCAUUCAUCGGGAACUGGAGACGCAAGGCACACCAGUCGGUGCAUAAAACAGAUUGUCUAUUUCGCUGCUUACAAUGUCCUAAUUCAUAUAAAUUUAAGAGGAGUCUUAAUCGUCACAUUCGAAUUACCCACUCUGGUAUAAAAUCAGAUGCAGGUGAAGCUUCCGGAGACUCAUUUGCUUCUAAAUCGCCUGAAGCGCCCCAGAAGCUCACUGUAUAUGAAGACGACGGGGUGGAGACAAGCCGCUAGAAAAUAUAGGGUAUUUUUUCAGGGCCGGAACAUGUUAAAUUGAAAUAUUAUAAAACAAAGAAAGAAUAUUUUUAAUAUCCAUAAAAGUUGUUCUUAUUCCCUGUGCCCUAUGCCAUUAAUCUUCGGAUUUUAAUUGGGCCCCCGCACCAGCGUACAUGGCGUAAUCUAAAGACCCACUAAAUCAGCUACAUUUCAGCAAUAACGCGCCAAAUGUUGGCUUCAAUAUAUUCAAUUAUUUCUGGUCUAUUCUUCAGCCUUUGUCUCGUUAAAAAUCGGACACGGCCGUCUUGAUCGGUUACGCCAUUUUAUUUUGUUAAAGGCCUGAUCUGGAGGCAGUCACGAGGUUUUCAAAUCACCAUGCAGCGUAUGAAAUCACCGUUGCUUCGGCCGUUCUUUUGGACUU